AUGACGCAGAGUAGGGGCAACAUUCUUGGGGCUCUGCCAUGGACGGAGUCCGGAGCCUCUUCAGCCCUUGCAGCUGAAGCCGUCUACUGUCUGGUUUCUGCUGGAACAAUCCUAUUCAAUAAACAUGCACUUUCAACAUACCAAUUUCCGGCGCCAAAUGCUCUUCUGACGGUCCAGUUUGGAAUCGCUGUUUUGCUUUUGAAGAUACUGGACUUCGUGGGCAUUCUUCACUUGGAGCCUAUGCGAUGGGAAGUCAUUAAGAUGUGGAUUCCGGUCAAUGUCAUAUUCGUGCUGAUGAAUGCCUCAGGCUUCUACGCGCUCAUGUCCGUGUCUGCGGGCAUGUUCACGGUCCUUAAAAACCUCUCCAACCUUUUGACGAUUUUGGGAGAUUGGUACUUUUUCGAUAAGACCUACUCCUGGCAGGUAUGGGCCUGCCUGGGCCUGAUGAUUCUGUCCGCUGCGAUGGGGGGCUGGACGGACUUGUCCUUCUCUCCCUCGGGCUAUGCUUGGCAGCUGGUGAACUGCGUCUUCACAGCGGCAUACAGCUUGCACCUCUCCUCCGUCGUACGCGCCGUCAGCACCCCACGACGGCUGAGCGAGCUCAGCAUGGUUUACUACAACAACGUGCUGUCGGUUCCGCUGCUGAUGCUGCUCUCCGUUGCGUUUGGCGAGCCGGCGCGGCUCCGAAACUACGCACUUUUGCGCGACCCGGAAUUCAACCUGGUCGUGCUUAUGGGUGCGUUGCUAGGCUUUGGCGUUUCCUUUGCGAGUAUCUGGUGCAUGAGCCGAACUUCCGCUACGAUCUACAGUCUAACAGGCUCCAUGAAUAAGGUGGUGGUGGCGGUAGCGGGCAUGUGGUACUUUGCGGAGCCUGCCAGCGCGACAAAUGUACUGUCCAUCGCCAUGGGGCUGUUGGCGGGAUUCCUCUUUGUGUUUGCCAAGUCAGCGCCAGCGCCCGGCAGGAGCCCGACCGUCAACCCGGAGACGCAGGCGCUGGUGGCUGCGGCAGUGGAGGGCGCGGCCAGUGGUGGAGCAGGGGAGAAGACGCUCGUCAUCAACGUGUCGGGCUCUGCAGGUGUACGGGAGCUGACGUCACGAAGUACGGCAUCUGGGACGAGCGUCUCUAGAAAUACCAAUGUGAAUAUGACGGUCGGAUCCCCGCCGGGAAAUAUCGUUUAA